UUCGUCGUUUGUCGUUUGGCACACGUUUGGGGAUGCACUCACCGCGAGGCGACUACGAGCCGGAGGGGGUGACGUACACGAGUACAUCCGAGGAAUUGGAGCGGCAUGAGGAUCGCGUUCCGGCGCUGAAGCAACGUCUGCACGACGUCUUUUACCGUUUCACCACGAUGAGGCGAGGGAAAAUUGAGCUUAAUUGCGUCUGCUGCGAUCAUAUUGGUGGGAACUAUGCGACAUAUCACAUUCACGGGAACGACAUGUGA